AUGGCGAAGACAGAGCCUACGCUGCCAAUCCCUGGCAAACGGAAUAUCCUCAUUACCAGUGCUUUGCCCUAUGUGAACAACGUUCCGCACCUGGGUAAUAUCAUCGGCAGUGUGCUCCCCGCAGAUGUCUUUGCUCGCUACAACAGGGCGCGAGGGUUUCCCACGCUGUACAUUUGCGGUUCUGAUGAAUAUGGGACUGCGACCGAGACCAAAGCCCUUGAGGAAGGAGUAACGCCAGAAGAGCUAUGCGCAAAGUACCAUGCUAUCCACAAGAGUAUCUAUGACUGGUUCAAUAUUGAGUUCGACAUCUUUGGCCGAACGCCAACAGCCCACCAGACAAAGAUUGUGCAGGACGUUUUCCGCGGAUUGUGGGAGAAUGGAUAUAUUGAGGAGCGCGAGACUACCCAGCCCUACUGUCCCGUGGAAGGCCACGCGACUUUUCUUGCGGAUCGAUUUGUUGAGGGCGAAUGCAGUAUCUGCGGCGACCCUGGUGCGCGCGGAGACCAAUGCGACAAAUGCGGUAAUUUGUUAGAUCCGCUAGAACCCGAUGCGAAAGAAUCAGGACAGGGGGAGCAAGGCGAUGUCGAGGCUAGAGCUACAGGCUGGCUGAUAAACCCGCGGUGCAAGCUGGAUGGCGCUACUCCCGAGAAACGGAAAACCAAACAUCUCUAUCUGCGGCUGGAUGCGCUGAAGGACAAGAUUGUGCCUUGGUUCGAGAAAGUAAGCAAAGAGAAUGAGUGGAGUAUCAAUACGAGCUCGAUUGUGCAGUCGUGGAUAGACAGGGGUCUGAAGCCCCGUGCCAUCACUCGGGAUAUCAAAUGGGGUGUGCCGAUUCCCACGGGUAUCAAGGGGUUGGAUGAAGAGGCUUAUAAGAACAAGGUAUUUUAUGUGUGGUUUGAUGCGUGCAUUGGCUACGUCUCCAUCACUGCCAACUACACGGAUGGAGACAAUCUUGACGGCAUGAAGUGGGAGCAAUGGUGGAAGCAUCCCGAGGAUGUCUCACUCUAUCAGUUCAUGGGCAAGGAUAACGUGCCAUUUCACAGCAUCAUUUUCCCCGGCUCGCAAUUGGGUUCCGGCAUGAAGUGGACUCAGGUGCACAAGAUCUCCGCCACGGAAUAUCUCAACUACGAAGGCGGCAAGUUCAGUAAAUCCAAGGGCGUUGGAGUUUUUGGCACCAGCGCCAAGGAUACCGGGAUCAAUGCCGAUAUCUGGCGGUUUUACUUGCUCUCUCGCCGGCCAGAGACCAACGACACCGAAUUCAAAUGGGACGACUUUGUCAACAUCAAUAACAACGAACUCCUCAAGAACCUGGGCAACCUUGUUGCGCGCGUCACUAAAUUCUGCAUUGCCAAGAUGGACGGUGCGGUUCCUGCGCAUUCAGAAGCCGCAGCUUCAUCCAUCCUUGCCGAGCAUGAAAGCCAGGUCAACACGCAUCUGAAGGCAUACAACGCCUUCAUGGACGCCACCAAAAUGCGCCUAGCGCUCGCCGAGCUCAUGCACAUCUCGUCCCUCGGCAACAAGCUCUUGCAGGACAACAAACUCGACAACCGCCUCUUCACCGAAGAGCCCGACCGCUGUGCCGCCGUCAUCAAUAUUGCCCUCAACCACCUGCACCUUCUCGCUAGCAUCCUUUCCCCCUUUAUGCCAACCAUCUCAAAAUCCAUCUUUGAGCAACUCGGUACCGAGCCAGUGGCACAAAUCCCUGAACAAUGGACGCCAGGAUCUGCUUUGAAACCGGGCCACAAGCUUGGGGAAUCGAAACUUCUCUUCUCCGUCAUCCCGGCCGCCAAGAUUGAGGAGUGGCGCGAGGCCUUUGGUGGCGAGGAAGUGCGCAAACAGAAAGCACUCGAGGCCGAGAAGGCGGCUGCUAAGAAAGCGGCCAAGGAGAAGGAGAAGGAGAAGAAGAGGCUGAAGAAAGAGGCGGCAGCAAAACAGAAAGCUGAGGCGGCGGCGGCGGCGGCGGCUGGCGCUGAAGCGGCUGCUACGGAUUUGGAAAAGAAGCUGACUAUCGAUGAUGGAGAGAAGAAGCUUCCAUAG